GAAUCAACCAGUGAGUGCGUCGAUAAGUGGAACAACAAAUCGAUGUUUCUCUCUUUCCCUCUCCCUUCCUUUCUCUCUCUAAAAUCAAUAAACAAAGUAAAUUUACUUUUUAGCACACAGGUCCUGACUUGAGAAACAAGAUCCAUCACAUGACCUGAGGAGGCAGUUUCAGGACCUAGAUAUCAUCAUUUGCGGGGACACCACUGACCGCAGACUGAGAUUUCUGGUUAGAAAUCUCAGUUAAAGAAGAGACUAAGGACACAGCAUCCUCGGUACUGGCCAUUUCUGAAUAACAGAAGAAAAUGAUUAAGGACCAGGAAUCACUAACGUUUCAUGAUGUGGCUGUGGACUUCACCUGGGAGGAAUGGCAGCUCCUGGACCCCGAUCAAAAGGAUCUGUACAGGGAUGUGAUGUUGGAGAACUACAGCAACCUGGUGUCAGGUAUCCAGCCAGGAAGCCAGACACACUGUCCAGAUUGGAGCGAGGGGAACCGUGGACAAUAGAAGAUGAAUCCCGCAGUGGAAUCUGUUCAGAAAUCAAGAAGAAUGACAGUCAUCUACAAGGACACAUCCAAAAUCAAAGAUGUCUUAAGAGAACAAAACAGUGCCAUGAACAUAAUAAUGCAUUUGGAAGCAUCAUUCAUUGGAGUAAAAAUAAUUUUCUUUUAAGGCAAAAUCAUGAUAUAUUUGACUUACAUGGGAAAGUGUUGAUAUCGAAUAUAAGUUUGGCCAACCAGAAUGGAAACUGUGAAAUGAAGAACCCAGUUAAGAUUAAUGAAGAGGCGAAAUCCUUCCUCUGUGCAAAGGAUGAGCAAUGUCAUACCGAAAUAAAAUUUCCUGAAUGUGGAAAUUCUAUAAAUAUCCCCUCACAAUUCAUUAAGCACCAAAGACCUCAAAAGAUAAAUAAACCCCAUAUAUGCAGUGAAUGUGGGAAAGACUUCAUCAAGAAGUCUCGCCUCAUCGACCACCAACGAGUUCAUACAGGAGAGAAACCUCAUGGAUGCGGCAUAUGUGGGAAAGCCUUCUCCAGGAAGUCCAGGCUCACUGAACAUCAAAAAACUCAUAUAGGAGAGAAACGGUAUGAGUGCACUGAAUGUGACAAAGCCUUCCCCAAGAAGUCACGGCUACUUACUCAUCAGAAAACUCACACAGGAGAGAAACCCUAUGUAUGCGAUGAAUGUGGAAAAGGCUUUGUCAAGAAAUCUCGGCUCAUUAAUCAUCAGAGAGUUCACACAGGAGAGAAGCCCCAUGGGUGCAGUCUGUGUGACAAAGCCUUUUCCAGAAAGUCCAGGCUCAUUGAACAUCAGAGAACUCACACAGGAGAAAAACCUUAUGAAUGCACAGAAUGUGACAAAACCUUCCGCUGGAAAUCACAGCUCAAUGCCCAUCAGAAAACUCACACAGGAGAGAAAUCAUAUAUAUGCAGUGACUGUGGGAAAGGCUUCAUUCAGAAGGGUAAUCUCAUUGUACAUCGGCGCAUUCACACUGGGGAAAAACCUUAUAUAUGCAACGAAUGUGGCAAAGGCUUCAUCCAGAAGGGCAAUCUUCUUAUACAUCAACGGACUCACACUGGAGAGAAACCAUAUGUGUGCACUGAGUGUGGAAAAGGCUUUAGCCAGAAAACUUGCCUCAUAUCCCAUCAGAGAUUUCACACUGGAAAGACUCCCUUUGUGUGUUCUGAGUGUGGAAAAUCCUGUUCACACAAAUCAGGUCUCAUUAACCAUCAGAGAAUUCACACAGGGGAGAAACCCUAUACUUGCAGCGAUUGUGGGAAAGCUUUUAGAGAUAAAUCAUGCCUCAAUAGACAUCGAAGAACUCAUACAGGAGAGAGACCCUACGGGUGCUCUGAUUGUGGGAAAGCCUUCUCCCAUCUCUCAUGCCUUGUAUAUCAUAAGGGAAUGCUGCAUGCAAGAGAGAAAUGUGUAGGUUCAGUCAAGUUGGGAGACCCUUUUUCAAAGAAUCACAGCUCGUUACAUUCAAGUGACAUCAUACAGGAGAAGACCCCUAUUGAUACAGUGACUGUGCACAUACCUCCUAUGGCAGCUCAGACGUCCUUACACAUCAGUGGGUUUGUAGCACAUGGGAACAUGACCACUGUGGGACAGCCAGAUGCCAGAGACAUGCCCUCAACAGAGUACAAAACUAGCACAGGGAAACCUUACGAAUGCAGUGAAUGUGAUAGUACCUUCAGUGACCAAUUAUGUCAUGUUUUAUGUCACAAAAAGCACACAGGAGUAAACUGUGAUGCAAUCAAGGUGGAAGACCCUUGAAUAAAGCCUUGUAGCUCAUUAUAUGGCUGACAAGUGUAUACUGAGACAAAU